AUGGGUGACGGAGGAGAGGGGGAGGACGACGUCCAGUUCCUGCGGACGGACGACGAGGUGGUCCUGCAGUGCAAUGCCACAGUGCUGAAGGAGCAGCUGAAGCUGUGCCUGGCAGCCGAGGGCUUUGGUAACCGCCUCUGCUUCCUGGAGCCCACCAGCAACGCCCAGAAUGUGCCACCUGACCUGGCCAUCUGCUGCUUCGUUCUGGAGCAGUCGCUGUCCGUCCGUGCCCUGCAGGAGAUGCUGGCCAACACCGUGGAGGCCGGCGUGGAGUCGUCCCAGGGUGGGGGACACAGAACGCUCCUGUACGGCCACGCCAUCCUGCUCCGGCAUGCCCACAGCCGCAUGUACCUGAGCUGCCUCACCACCUCCCGCUCCAUGACGGACAAGCUGGCCUUCGACGUGGGACUGCAGGAGGAUGCCACAGGAGAGGCCUGCUGGUGGACAACACACCCAGCCUCCAAGCAGAGAUCGGAAGGAGAAAAGGUCCGUGUUGGAGAUGACCUCAUCCUUGUCAGUGUCUCCUCCGAGCGCUACCUGCACCUGUCAACGGCCAGUGGAGAACUCCAGGUUGAUGCCUCCUUCAUGCAGACACUGUGGAACAUGAACCCCAUCUCCUACUGCUGUGAAGAAGGCUACGUGACUGGGGGUCACGUCCUCCGCCUCUUUCAUGGACACAUGGAUGAAUGUCUGACCAUUUCCCCCGCUGACAGUGAUGACCAGCGCAGACUUGUCUACUACGAGGGGGGAUCUGUAUGCACCCACGCCCGCUCCCUCUGGAGACUGGAGCCGCUGAGAAUCAGCUGGAGUGGGAGUCACCUGCGCUGGGGCCAGCCUCUUCGCAUCCGGCAUGUCACCACGGGGCGGUACCUGGGGCUCACUGAGGACCAGGGCCUGGUGGUGGUUGAUGCCUCCAAGGCCCACACCAAGGCCACCUCCUUCUGCUUUCGCAUCUCCAAGGAAAAGCUGGAUGUGGGCCCCAAGCGGGACGUGGAGGGCAUGGGCCCCCCUGAGAUCAAGUAUGGCGAGUCGCUGUGCUUCGUGCAGCACGUGGCCUCGGGCCUGUGGCUCACCUAUGCUGCCACAGACCCCAAGGCCCUGCGGCUUGGCGUGCUCAAGAAGAAGGCCAUGCUGCACCAGGAGGGCCACAUGGACGAUGCGCUGUCGCUGACCCGCUGUCAACAGGAGGAGUCCCAGGCGGCCCGAAUGAUCCACAGCACGGCUGGCCUCUAUAACCAUUUCAUCAAGGGCCUGGACAGCUUCAGCGGGAAGCCGCGGGGCGCCGGGCCACCGGCUGGCACAGCGCUGCCCAUCGAGGGCGUCAUCCUGAGCCUGCAGGACCUCAUCGGCUACUUCGAGCCGCCCUCGGAGGAGCUGCAGCACGAGGAGAGGCAGAGCAAGCUGCGCAGUCUGCGCAACCGCCAGAGCCUCUUCCAGGAGGAGGGGAUGCUCUCCCUGGUUCUGAAUUGCAUUGACCGCCUAAACGUCUACACCACUGCUGCCCACUUUGCCGAAUUUGCAGGGGAGGAGGCGGCUGAGUCCUGGAAAGAGAUUGUGAACCUGCUGUAUGAACUCUUGGCUUCUCUAAUCCGUGGCAACCGUACCAACUGUGCCCUCUUCUCCACCAACUUGGACUGGCUGGUCAGCAAGCUGGAUCGGCUGGAGGCCUCAUCUGGGAUCCUGGAGGUGUUGUACUGUGUCCUGAUUGAGAGUCCUGAGGUCCUGAACAUCAUCCAAGAGAACCACAUCAAGUCCAUCAUCUCCCUCUUGGACAAGCAUGGGAGGAACCAUAAGGUCCUGGAUGUGCUGUGUUCCCUGUGUGUCUGCAAUGGUGUGGCCGUGCGUUCCAACCAAGAUCUCAUUACUGAGAACUUGCUCCCUGGCCGAGAGCUUCUGCUGCAGACAAACCUCAUCAACUAUGUCACCAGCAUCCGCCCCAACAUCUUUGUGGGCCGAGCAGAGGGUUCCACACAGUAUGGCAAAUGGUACUUUGAAGUGAUGGUGGAUGAGGUGGUUCCAUUCCUGACAGCUUAUCCCACCCACCUGCGGGUGGGCUGGGCCCUCACCGAGGGCUACAGCCCCUACCCCGGGGGAGGUGAAGGCUGGGGCGGCAAUGGAGUCGGCGACGACCUCUAUUCCUACGGCUUUGAUGGCCUGCAUCUCUGGACAGGACAUGUGGCACGCCUGGUGACUUCUCCGGGACAGCACCUCCUGGCUCCUGACGAUGUGGUCAGCUGCUGCCUGGACCUCAGUGUGCCAUCCAUCUCCUUCCGCAUCAAUGGGUGUCCUGUGCAGGGUGUCUUUGAGGCCUUCAACCUUGAUGGGCUCUUCUUCCCUGUUGUCAGCUUUUCAGCUGGUGUCAAGGUGCGGUUCCUCCUUGGUGGCCGCCAUGGUGAAUUCAAGUUCCUCCCCCCGCCUGGAUAUGCCCCAUGUCAUGAGGCUGUGCUCCCACGAGAACGACUCCGUCUUGAGCCUAUCAAGGAGUAUCGGCGGGAGGGACCUCGGGGUCCCCACCUGGUGGGCCCCAGCCGCUGCCUCUCACACACUGACUUUGUGCCCUGCCCUGUGGACACCAUCCAGAUUGUCCUGCCUCCCCAUCUGGAACGCAUUCGGGAGAAGCUGGCAGAGAACAUCCAUGAACUCUGGGCGCUGACCCGCAUCGAGCAGGGCUGGACCUAUGGCCUGGUUCGGGAUGACAAUAAGAGGCUGCACCCGUGUCUCGUGGAUUUCCACAGCCUCCCGGAGCCCGAGAGGAAUUACAACCUGCAGAUGUCGGGAGAGACACUCAAGACCCUGCUGGCGCUGGGCUGCCACGUGGGCAUGGCGGACGAGAAGGCAGAAGACAACCUGAAAAAGACAAAACUCCCCAAGACGUAUAUGAUGAGCAACGGGUACAAGCCUGCUCCUCUAGACCUGAGCCACGUGCGGCUGACGCCAGCGCAGACAACGCUGGUGGAUCGCUUGGCGGAGAACGGGCACAACGUGUGGGCGCGAGACCGCGUGGCGCAGGGCUGGAGCUACAGCGCUGUGCAGGACAUCCCCUCGCGCCGAAACCCUCGCCUGGUGCCCUACCGCCUGCUGGACGAGGCCACCAAGCGCAGCAACCGGGACAGCCUAUGCCAGGCCGUGCGUACCCUGCUGGGCUACGGCUACAACAUCGAGCCGCCUGACCAGGAGCCCAGUCAGGUGGAGAGCCAGUCUCGGUGGGACCGAGUGCGUAUCUUCCGGGCAGAGCGAUCCUAUGCAGUGCAGAGUGGCCGCUGGUACUUCGAGUUCGAGGCAGUCACCACGGGCGAGAUGCGAGUGGGCUGGGCCAGGCCUGAGCUGCGACCUGACAUAGAGCUGGGAGCUGAUGAGCUGGCUUAUGUCUUCAAUGGGCACCGCGGCCAGCGCUGGCACUUGGGCAGUGAACUGUUUGGGCGUCCCUGGCAGCCUGGUGACGUUGUCGGCUGCAUGAUUGACCUCACAGAGAACAACAUCAUCUUCACCCUCAAUGGCGAGAUCCUCAUGUCCGACUCAGGCUCCGAAACAGCCUUCCGGGAUAUCGAGAUUGGGGAUGGCUUCCUGCCCGUCUGCAGCUUGGGACCUGGCCAGGUGGGUCACCUGAACCUGGGCCAGGACGUGAGCUCCCUGCGGUUCUUCGCCAUCUGCGGCCUCCAGGAAGGCUUUGAACCGUUUGCCAUCAAUAUGCAGCGCCCAGUCACCACCUGGUUCAGCAAAAGCCUCCCCCAGUUUGAGGCUGUGCCCCCUGAGCACCCCCACUAUGAGGUGUCCCGUGUGGAUGGCACCGUGGACACGCCGCCCUGCCUGCGCCUGACCCACCGCACAUGGGGCUCCCAGAACAGUCUAGUGGAGAUGCUCUUCCUCCGCUUGAGCCUUCCGGUCCAAUUCUACCAGCACUUCCGCUGCACUCCGGGGGCCACGCCCCUGGCGCCCCCCGGCCUGCAGCCCCCUGCGGAGGAUGAGGCCCGGGCUGCAGAACCCGACCCCGACUAUGAAAACCUGCGCCGCUCAGCUGGGCACUGGGGCGAGAAAGCACCUAUAAAUUUGGAUUACCCAGCAUCCACAGGCAUUGGGUUCUUAUUCAAGGCCAAGAAGGCCGCCAUGAUGACCCAACCACCAGCCACCCCCACCCUGCCCCGACUCCCACAUGACGUGGUGCCCACGGACAACCGCGAUGACCCUGAGAUCAUCCUCAACACCACCACGUACUAUUAUUCCGUGAGGGUCUUCGCCGGCCAAGAGCCCAGCUGUGUGUGGGUGGGCUGGGUCACCCCCGACUACCAUCAGCAUGACAUGAACUUUGACCUCAGCAAGGUCCGGGCAGUGACAGUGACCAUGGGGGAUGAACAAGGCCACGUCCACAGCAGCCUCAAGUGCGGCAACUGCUACAUGGUAUGGGGCGGGGACUUUGUGAGCCCCGGGCAACAGGGCCGGAUCAGCCACACGGACCUGGUCAUUGGCUGCCUGGUGGACUUGGCCACCGGCUUAAUGACCUUUACGGCCAAUGGCAAAGAGAGCAACACCUUUUUCCAGGUGGAACCCAACACGAAGCUGUUUCCUGCUGUCUUUGUCCUGCCCACCCACCAGAACGUUAUCCAGUUUGAGUUGGGGAAGCUGAAGAACAUCAUGCCGUUGUCAGCUGCCAUGUUCCUGAGCGAGCGCAAGAACUCGGCCCCACAGAGCCCGCCGCGGCUCGAGGUGCAGAUGCUGAUGCCAAUCUCCUGGAGCCGCAUGCCCAACCACUUCCUGCAGGUGGACACGCGGCGGGCCGGCGAGCGGCUUGGCUGGGCCGUGCAGUGCCAGGAGCCGCUGACCAUGAUGGCGCUGCACAUCCCUGAGGAGAACCGGUGUAUGGACAUCCUGGAGUUGUCGGAGCGCCUGGACCUGCAGCGCUUCCAUUCCCACACCCUCCGCCUCUACCGCGCCGUUUGCGCUCUGGGCAACAACCGCGUGGCGCACGCUCUGUGCAGCCACGUAGACCAGGCGCAGCUGCUGCACGCGCUGGAGGACGCCCAUCUGCCAGGCCCACUGCGCGCAGGCUACUACGACCUCCUCAUCAGCAUCCACCUCGAAAGUGCCUGCCGCACCCGCCGCACCAUGCUCUCUGAGUACAUCCUGCCCCUCACCCCGGAGACCCGCGCCAUAACGCUCUUCCCACCUGGAAAACGCGGGGACAACGGCUCUCGCCGGCACGGCCUGCCUGGAGUCGGAGUCACCACCUCGCUGCGCCCCCCGCAUCAUUUCUCAGCCCCCUGUUUCGUGGCUGCCCUGCCGGCUGCUGGGGUGGCAGAAGCCCCGGCCCGCCUCAGCCCCGCCAUCCCUCUGGAGGCCCUGCGGGACAAGGCACUGAGGAUGCUGGGGGAGGCAGUGCGAGAUGGUGGGCAGCACGCACGUGACCCCGUUGGGGGCUCUGUGGAGUUCCAGUUUGUGCCGGUGCUCAAGCUUGUGUCUACUCUGCUGGUGAUGGGUGUCUUUGGUGAUGAGGAUGUGAAACAGAUUCUGAAGAUGAUUGAGCCUGAAGUAUUUACUGAAGAAGAGGAGGAGGAAGAGGAAGAGGAGGAGGAGGAGGAAGAGGAAGAGGAUGAGGAAGAGAAGGAGGAGGAUGAGGAGGAAGCAGCAGAGGAGAAGGAAGAUGAGGAAAAAGAGGAAGAAGAGGCAGCAGAAGGGGAUAAAGAAGAAGGCUUGGAGGAGGGGCUGCUGCAGAUGAAGCUGCCAGAGUCUGUGAAGUUACAGAUGUGCCACAUGCUGGAGUAUUUCUGUGACCAAGAGCUGCAGCACCGUGUGGAGUCCCUGGCAGCCUUUGCAGAGCGCUAUGUGGACAAGCUCCAGGCCAACCAACGGGACCGGUAUGGCCUCCUCAUGAAAUCCUUCACCAUGACUGCGGCUGAGACUGCCCGACGUACGCGCGAGUUCCGCUCCCCACCCCAGGAGCAGAUCAACAUGCUGCUGCAGUUCAAAGAUGGUGCAGAUGAGGAAGACUGUCCUCUCCCUGACGAUAUUCGACAGUACUUGCUCGACUUUCAUCAAGACCUGCUGGCACACUGUGGAAUUCAGCUGGAUGGGGAGGAGGAAGAAACAGAGGAAGAGGCUACCCUGGGCAGCCGCCUGAUGAGCCUGUUGGAGAAAGUGCGGCUGGUGAAGAAGAAGAAACCCGAGGAGGAGCAGCCAGCUGAAGAAAGCAAACCCAAAUCCCUGCAGGAGCUGGUGUCCCACACAGUGGUGCGUUGGGCCCAGGAGGACUUUGUGCAGAGCCCUGAGCUGGUUCGGGCCAUGUUCAGCCUCCUGCACCGGCAGUAUGAUGGGCUUGGGGAGCUGCUGCGUGCCCUGCCACGGUCAUACACCAUCUCGCCGUCCUCCGUGGAUGACACCAUGAGCCUGCUUGAAUGCCUUGGCCAGAUCCGCUCGCUGCUGAUUGUGCAGAUGGGCCCCCAGGAGGAGAACCUCAUGAUCCAGAGCAUUGGAAACAUCAUGAACAACAAAGUUUUCUACCAACACCCAAACCUGAUGCGGGCUCUGGGCAUGCACGAGACGGUCAUGGAGGUCAUGGUGAACGUCCUUGGAGGCGGUGGCGGUGAGUCCAAGGAGAUCCGCUUCCCCAAAAUGGUGACGAGCUGCUGCCGCUUCCUUUGCUACUUCUGCCGCAUCAGCCGGCAGAACCAGCGCUCCAUGUUCGACCACCUGAGCUACCUGCUGGAGAACAGUGGCAUCGGCCUCGGCAUGCAGGGCUCCACACCCCUGGACGUGGCGGCCGCCUCCGUCAUUGACAACAACGAGCUGGCCUUGGCGUUGCAGGAGCAGGACCUGGAAAAGGUGGUGUCCUACCUGGCAGGCUGCGGCCUCCAAAGCUGCCCCAUGCUCCUGGCCAAAGGGUACCCGGACAUCGGCUGGAACCCCUGUGGGGGCGAGCGAUACCUGGACUUCCUGCGAUUCGCGGUCUUUGUCAAUGGUGAGAGCGUGGAGGAGAACGCCAACGUGGUGGUACGGCUGCUCAUCCGCAAACCCGAGUGCUUCGGGCCUGCGCUGCGAGGCGAGGGCGGCUCGGGGCUGCUGGCGACCAUUGAGGAAGCCAUCCGUAUCUCUGAGGACCCCGCGCGCGACGGCCCGGGCGUGCGCAGGGAUCGGCGGCGAGAACUCUUCGGGGAGGAGCCCCCUGAGGAAAACCGGGUGCACCUGGGACACUCCAUCAUGUCCUUUUACGCCGCCUUGAUCGACCUGCUCGGGCGCUGUGCACCAGAGAUGCAUCUGAUCCAAGCCGGCAAGGGUGAAGCCCUUCGGAUCCGCGCCAUCCUGCGCUCCCUCGUGCCCCUGGACGACCUCGUGGGCAUCAUCAGUCUCCCGCUGCAGAUCCCCACCCUGGGCAAAGACGGAGCUCUGGUACAGCCAAAGAUGUUGGCAUCCUUUGUGCCGGACCACAAGGCAUCCAUGGUUCUCUUCCUGGACCGCGUGUAUGGCAUCGAGAACCAGGACUUCUUACUACACGUGCUGGAUGUGGGGUUCCUGCCCGACAUGAGGGCGGCUGCCUCGCUGGACACGGCCACUUGCAGCACCACGGAGAUGGCGCUCGCGCUGAACCGCUACCUUUGCCUGGCUGUGCUGCCGCUCAUCACCAAGUGUGCGCCUCUCUUCGCGGGAACCGAGCACCGCGCCAUCAUGGUGGACUCCAUGCUUCACACCGUGUACCGCCUGUCCCGCGGCCGCUCGCUCACGAAGGCGCAGCGCGACGUCAUCGAGGACUGCCUCAUGGCGCUCUGCAGGUACAUCCGCCCGUCCAUGCUGCAGCAUCUGCUGCGACGGCUGGUGUUCGACGUGCCCAUCCUCAACGAGUUCGCCAAAAUGCCGCUCAAGCUCCUCACAAACCACUAUGAGCGUUGCUGGAAGUACUACUGCCUUCCCACCGGCUGGGCCAACUUUGGGGUCACCUCGGAGGAAGAGCUGCACCUCACUCGUAAACUCUUCUGGGGCAUCUUUGACUCCUUGGCCCAUAAGAAGUAUGACCCGGAUCUGUACCGAAUGGCCAUGCCUUGUCUGUGCGCCAUUGCAGGGGCCCUGCCCCCUGACUAUGUGGAUGCCUCAUACUCAUCCAAGGCUGAGAAAAAGGCCACAGUGGACGCUGAAGGCAACUUUGACCCCCGGCCUGUGGAGACCCUCAACGUGAUCAUCCCGGAGAAGCUCGACUCCUUCAUUAACAAGUACGCAGAGUACACACACGAGAAGUGGGCCUUCGACAAGAUCCAGAACAACUGGUCCUAUGGGGAAAACAUAGACGAAGAACUGAAGACUCACCCCAUGCUGAGGCCCUACAAGACUUUUUCAGAGAAGGACAAAGAGAUUUACCGCUGGCCCAUCAAGGAGUCCUUGAAGGCCAUGAUUGCCUGGGAAUGGACCAUAGAGAAGGCCAGGGAGGGUGAGGAAGAGAAGACCGAGAAGAAACAAACACGGAAGAUAUCCCAGAGUGCCCAGACCUACGACGCCCGAGAGGGCUACAACCCCCAGCCCCCUGACCUCGGCGGAGUUACCCUGUCCCGGGAGCUGCAGGCCAUGGCAGAACAGCUGGCGGAAAAUUACCACAACACGUGGGGGCGGAAGAAGAAGCAGGAGCUGGAGGCCAAGGGCGGUGGAACCCACCCCCUGCUUGUCCCCUACGACACACUUACUGCCAAGGAGAAGGCGCGAGAUCGGGAAAAGGCCCAGGAGCUGCUGAAGUUCCUGCAGAUGAACGGCUACGCGGUCACCAGGGGCCUUAAGGACAUGGAACUGGACACGUCAUCCAUCGAGAAGCGGUUCGCCUUUGGCUUCCUGAAGCAGUUGCUGCGCUGGAUGGACAUUUCCCAGGAGUUCAUCGCCCAUCUAGAUGCUGUGGUCAGCAGUGGGCGAGUGGAAAAAUCCCCACAUGAACAAGAGAUUAAAUUCUUUGCCAAGAUCCUGCUGCCUCUGAUUAAACAGUAUUUCACCAAUCACUGCCUCUAUUUCCUGUCCACACCCGCCAAACUGCUGGGCAGUGGUGGCCAUGCCUCCAACAAGGAGAAGGAGAUGAUAACCAGCGUCUUCUGCAAACUUGCCGCUCUUGUCCGGCACCGAGUCUCUCUCUUUGGGACGGAUGCCCCAGCCGUGGUCAACUGUCUGCACAUCUUGGCUCGCUCCCUGGAUGCCAGGACGGUAAUGAAGUCAGGCCCCGAGAUCGUGAAGGCUGGCCUCCGCUCCUUCUUCGAGAGCGCUUCGGAGGACAUUGAGAAAAUGGUGGAGAACCUUCGGCUAGGCAAGGUGUCCCAGGCGCGGACCCAGGUGAAGGGUGUGGGCCAGAACCUCACCUACACUACCGUGGCCCUGCUGCCUGUUCUCACCACCCUCUUCCAGCACAUUGCCCAGCACCAGUUCGGAGACGACGUCAUCCUGGACGACGUCCAGGUCUCUUGCUACCGAAUUCUGUGCAGUAUCUACUCUCUGGGGACCACCAAGAACAUUUACGUCGAAAAGCUGCGGCCUGCCCUCGGGGAGUGCCUGGCCCGGCUGGCAGCGGCCAUGCCGGUGGCGUUCCUGGAGCCUCACCUGAAUGAGUAUAACGCCUGCUCGGUGUACACCACCAAGUCUCCCCGGGAGCGGGCCAUCCUGGGGCUCCCCAACAGCGUGGAGGAGAUGUGCCCUGACAUCCCCGUGCUGGAGCGGCUCAUGACAGACAUCGGGGGGCUGGCUGAGUCGGGGGCCCGCUACACAGAGAUGCCACACGUCAUCGAGAUCACGCUGCCCAUGCUCUGCAGCUACUUGCCCCGCUGGUGGGAAUAUGGGCCUGAGGCGCCCCUGCCCGCCAACGCCCCCCUGCCCUGCACAGCUGUCACCUCCGACCACCUCAACUCCCUGCUGGGGAAUAUCCUGCGAAUCAUCGUCAACAACCUGGGCAUCGAUGAGGCCACAUGGAUGAAGCGACUUGCUGUGUUCGCCCAGCCCAUCGUGAGCCGGGCCCGGCCCGAGCUCCUGCACACACACUUCAUCCCAACCAUCGGGCGGCUGCGCAAGCGAGCCGGGAAGGUGGUGGCCGAGGAGGAGCAGCUGCGCCUGGAGGCCAAGGCCGAAGCCGAGGAGGGCGAGCUCCUGGUGCGGGAUGAGUUCUCUGUGCUCUGCCGGGACCUGUACGCCCUCUACCCACUGCUCAUCCGCUACGUGGACAACAACAGGGCGCACUGGCUGACUGCACCCAACGCCAACGCGGAGGAGCUGUUCAGGAUGGUGGGCGAAAUCUUCAUCUACUGGUCCAAGUCCCACAAUUUUAAGCGCGAGGAGCAGAACUUUGUGGUCCAGAACGAGAUCAACAACAUGUCGUUUCUGACGGCUGACAACAAGAGCAAGAUGGCCAAGGCAGGAGACGUACAGUCAGGUGGCUCGGACCAGGAACGCACCAAGAAGAAGCGCCGGGGGGAUCGGUACUCAGUGCAGACGUCACUGAUCGUGGCCACGCUUAAGAAGAUGCUGCCCAUUGGCCUGAACAUGUGUGCACCCACUGAUCAGGAGCUCAUCGUGCUGGCCAAGAUCCGCUAUGCCCUGAAAGACACAGAUGAGGAGGUCCGGGAGUAUCUACAAAACAACCUUCAUCUUCAGGGAAAGGUCGAAGGCUCCCCUUCUCUGCGCUGGCAGAUGGCUCUGUACCGGGGUCUCCCGGGCCGCGAAGAGGACGCCGACGAACCCGAGAAAAUCGUGCGCAGAGUCCAGGAAGUGUCGGCCGUGCUCUACCAUCUGGAGCAAGUGGAGCAUCCUUACAAGUCCAAGAAGGCUGUGUGGCACAAGCUCUUGUCCAAGCAGCGCCGGCGGGCGGUCGUAGCGUGUUUCCGCAUGACCCCCCUGUACAACCUGCCCACGCACCGGGCAUGUAACAUGUUCCUGGAGAGCUACAAGGCUGCAUGGAUCCUGACUGAAGACCACAGUUUUGAGGACCGCAUGAUAGAUGACCUUUCAAAAGCUGGGAAGCCAAAGGAGGAGGAGGAGGAAGAGGUGGAGAAGAAGCCAGACCCCCUGCAUCAGCUGGUCCUGCACUUCAGCCGCACGGCCUUGACUGAAAAGAGCAAACUGGAUGAGGAUUACCUCUAUAUGGCAUACACGGAUAUCAUGGCAAAGAGCUGCCACCUGGAGGAGGCCGAGGAGGAUGUGGGUGCUGAAGAGGUUGAGGUUUCCUUUGAGGAGAAGGAGACGGAGAAGCAGAGGCUGCUGUACCAGCAGGCACGGCUGCACACCCGGGGGGCCGCCGAGAUGGUGCUGCAGAUGAUCAGCGCCUGCAAAGGAGAGACGGGCUCCAUGGUGUCCUCCACCCUGAAGCUGGGUAUCUCCAUCCUGAACGGAGGCAACGCAGACGUGCAGCAGAAAAUGCUUGAUUAUCUGAAGGACAAGAAGGAAGUUGGCUUCUUCCAGAGUAUCCAGGCGCUGAUGCAAACGUGCAGCGUCCUGGAUCUCAAUGCCUUUGAGAGGCAGAACAAGGCAGAGGGGCUGGGCAUGGUGAACGAGGAUGGAACUGUCAUCAAUCGCCAGAACGGAGAGAAGGUCAUGGCAGACGAUGAAUUCACCCAAGACCUGUUCCGAUUCCUGCAGUUGCUCUGCGAGGGACACAACAAUGAUUUCCAAAACUACCUACGGACGCAGACCGGGAACACGACCACCAUCAACAUCAUCAUCUGCACGGUGGACUAUCUCUUGAGGCUGCAGGAGUCCAUCAGCGACUUCUACUGGUAUUACUCGGGCAAGGAUGUCAUAGAGGAGCAGGGCAAGAGGAACUUUUCCAAGGCCAUGUCGGUGGCUAAACAGGUGUUCAAUAGCCUCACGGAGUACAUCCAGGGCCCCUGCACAGGGAACCAGCAGAGCCUGGCGCAUAGCCGCCUCUGGGACGCCGUGGUGGGAUUCCUGCACGUGUUCGCCCACAUGAUGAUGAAGCUCGCUCAGGACUCAAGCCAGAUCGAGCUGUUGAAGGAGCUGCUGGAUCUACAGAAGGACAUGGUGGUGAUGUUGCUGUCGCUACUGGAAGGGAACGUGGUGAACGGCAUGAUUGCCCGGCAGAUGGUGGACAUGCUCGUAGAAUCCUCGUCCAACGUGGAAAUGAUCCUCAAGUUCUUUGACAUGUUCCUGAAGCUCAAGGACAUCGUGGUCUCCGAGGCCUUCCAGGACUACGUCACUGAUCCCCGCGGGCUAAUCUCCAAGAAGGACUUCCAGAAGGCUAUGGACAGCCAGAAGCAGUUCACGGGACCAGAAAUCCAGUUCCUGCUUUCGUGCUCUGAAGCGGAUGAGAACGAGAUGAUCAACUGUGACGAGUUCGCCAACCGCUUCGAGGAGCCAGCCCGCGACAUCGGCUUCAACGUGGCAGUGCUGCUGACCAACCUGUCGGAACACGUGCCACACGACCCGCGCCUGCGCAGCUUCCUCGAGCAGGCCGAGAGCAUCCUGGAGUACUUCCGACCCUACCUGGGCCGCAUCGAGAUCAUGGGCGCCUCGCGCCGCAUAGAGCGGAUCUACUUCGAGAUCUCGGAGACCAACCGCGCCCAGUGGGAGAUGCCGCAGGUGAAGGAGUCGAAGCGCCAGUUCAUCUUCGACGUGGUGAACGAGGGCGGCGAGUCCGAGAAGAUGGAGCUGUUCGUGAGCUUCUGCGAGGACACCAUCUUCGAGAUGCAGAUCGCCGCGCAGAUCUCGGAGCCCGAGGGCGAGCCGGACGAGGACGAGGACGAGGGCGCGGCCGAGGCGGGCGCCGAGGGCGCAGAGGCGGGCGCGGCCGACGGGGGGCCCUUCCGGCCGGAAGGGGCAGGCGGCCUUGGGGACAUGGGCGACACGACUCCGGCUGAGCCACCCACGCCCGAGGGCUCCCCCAUCCUAAAGAGGAAACUGGGGGUGGAAGGAGAGGAAGAGGAGCUGCCUCCAGAGCCUGAACCGGAGCCAGAGAAAGCCGAUGCCGAGAACGGGGAGAAGAAAGAAGUCCCCGAACCCCCACCAGAGCCCCCCAAGAAGACAGCACCUCCCCCACCCCCUCCAAAGAAGGAGGAAGCCAAGGGUGGGGGCAUGGAAUUCUGGGGAGAACUGGAAGUGCAGAGGGUGAAGUUCUUGAACUACCUCUCUCGGAAUUUCUACACCCUGCGGUACCUUGCCCUCUUCUUGGCAUUUGCCAUCAACUUCAUCUUGCUGUUUUAUAAGGUGUCAGACUCCCCACCAGGAGAGGAUGACAUGGAGGGCUCCGCAGCAGGGGACCUGUCAGCCGCAGGCUCUGGCGGCGGCUCUGGCUGGGGCUCGGGGGCCGGCGAGGAGAUAGAGGGCGACGAGGACGAGAAUAUGGUGUACUACUUCCUGGAGGAGAGCACGGGCUACAUGGAGCCUGCCCUGCGUUGUCUGAGCUUGCUGCACACGCUGGUGGCCUUUCUCUGCAUCAUUGGCUACAACUGCCUCAAGGUGCCCUUGGUGAUCUUUAAGCGGGAGAAGGAGCUGGCCCGAAAACUGGAGUUUGACGGCCUCUACAUCACGGAGCAGCCUGAGGAUGACGAUGUGAAGGGGCAGUGGGACCGACUGGUGCUCAAUACGCCGUCUUUCCCCAGCAACUACUGGGACAAGUUUGUGAAGCGGAAGGUCCUGGACAAGCAUGGUGACAUCUACGGGCGGGAGCGGAUUGCUGAGCUCCUGGGCAUGGACCUGGCCACGCUGGAGAUCACAGCCCACAACGAGCGGAAGCCCGAGCCACCGCCGGGGCUGCUCACCUGGCUCAUGUCCAUCGAUGUAAAGUACCAGAUCUGGAAGUUCGGAGUCAUCUUCACAGACAAUUCCUUUCUGUACCUGGGCUGGUACAUGGUGAUGUCACUUCUGGGGCACUACAACAACUUCUUCUUUGCUGCCCACCUUCUGGACAUUGCCAUGGGGGUCAAGACGCUGCGUACCAUUCUCUCCUCCGUCACCCACAACGGGAAGCAGCUGGUGAUGACCGUGGGCCUCCUGGCAGUGGUGGUCUACCUGUACACCGUGGUGGCCUUCAACUUCUUCCGCAAGUUCUACAACAAGAGCGAGGAUGAGGACGAGCCCGACAUGAAGUGCGACGACAUGAUGACGUGUUACCUGUUUCACAUGUACGUGGGCGUCCGGGCUGGCGGGGGCAUCGGGGAUGAGAUAGAGGACCCAGCAGGCGACGAGUACGAACUGUACCGGGUGGUCUUCGACAUCACUUUCUUCUUCUUCGUCAUUGUCAUCCUGCUGGCCAUCAUCCAGGGUCUCAUCAUUGACGCUUUCGGUGAGCUCCGAGACCAGCAAGAGCAAGUGAAGGAGGAUAUGGAGACCAAGUGCUUCAUCUGCGGAAUCGGCAGCGACUACUUUGAUUCGACACCGCACGGGUUCGAGACCCACACGCUAGAGGAGCACAACCUGGCCAAUUACAUGUUUUUCCUGAUGUACCUGAUAAACAAGGACGAGACAGAACACACGGGUCAGGAGUCUUAUGUCUGGAAGAUGUACCAGGAGAGAUGCUGGGAUUUCUUCCCGGCUGGUGAUUGUUUCCGCAAGCAGUAUGAGGACCAGCUUAGCUGAGACACCCCAGCUGGCCCUCCCCCCACA